AUAUAUAACUCUGUGCAGCAACACAAACCGGAACAGGGUCCUCUUUCAAGUUUGCCAAGUAUGGAUUCUGUGUCCCUGAAGGUUGCAAUGGCUCAGUUUGAUCGCUAUCUGUCUGCUCCAGAUAGUUUGUUGAUGUCCCAGCUGAAUUUCCUUCUGAGUGCCACUGUGAAAGAGCAGAUAAUAAAACAGUCAACAGAACUGGUCUGCAGAGCUUACAGUGAGUUAUAUGCAGCUGUGAUGGAUCCUUCAAAUGAAUAUAAGGAUCCAGAAACCAUACUACACAGAUCUCCUCAUCAAGUUCAGGCACUUCUUUCAUAGUGUUGCUUCCCCCAGAUUUAUCAGAAUCCAUAAUUCUGUAUUCGUUGAGUAUUUGCAUCGAGUUAUUCUUCUGUUUUGAAUUGUGAUGUGUAACUGUAUAGUUAAAAUAUGUAGGAAUGCGGUUUUGUUUAAUCUGCUUGGCAGAAGUCUAGUCUUUCCUGUGUCUUUGAAUACCUUCUAUAGGCCGGAAAAUAGAAUUUAGAUUAAAAAUUAUUUUAAUGUAUUCCUCUAAUGGAAAUGGACCUUGACAAUAUGCAAUCUCUUUGAAAAGGGAGAAAAAAGCUUUUUUCUCUCUGUACAUAAUCCUUUCAACUAGAGGUUGAACCGGUGUCUUUUACGACCUCACCAAUAUUUUUAUUUGCUCUUUUCCCUGUUCUUUCACUUUUUUUCUCAGCCUAUCAUCAGUAAACGCUGAUAACUGUAAUUUUAAUACAACUGGUAUACUUUCAAUGUCUCAAGUGCAUCACUUCUACAGCUCAUAAAUCAUUUCAGCAUAUUUGAUGCUGUUUUUCAAAUCCUGUUGAUUAAGUCUUUGAGGCAAAA